UCUAGCUGGUCAAGAGGAAUCCGCCGUCAUCUUCUGGUGGAACUCACCUUUGAACCUCUUUACCCAACACUUCUACUCGAAAUGGAACACAAUACUGAUUGUAAGUAUUUCGAUCAACCUGUUGUGUUUAAAUCGCCUGCUUGGUUUUGCCCCCAGAUUUCGUCUCUCCCCUUCCCAUCCGUCAUGUCCAGUUCUACCCUUAUAUGGGAUUUGAUCAAAAGAAAUCAUUCCUACCUCAUGAAGACCAGUGGCCAUCAAUUUAGCAAGGAUCCCCUAAAUCUAAAGGGAAAAAACUGCUUUAUGUACUGUGGAUUUGUUCAUAGAAAAGCGAUUGGUAUACGCCAAGAUGUCAGUGGGAAGGGCAUUGUUCUUAACACAAAAAAAGUUGGUAAAGAUUACAAGCCCGGUAAAUCAGUAACAUCAACGAAAUUUGUCCGUGGUCGCAGGCGGGCUUUGCUAAAAAUCAGGAAUUUGAUAUGCCGGCAAGGCUACAGGCGGGAGCUUAAAAUGGUAUUACUAUUUAUUGUGGUUAACUAUAUCCUAGUUGGCUUUGAGACGCGCAAGUGCCUUGUUGAAAAAUUUGAAACCUGUGACUGCUGCCCCGGCCAAAACAAAAAAGUCAAAGUAAUUUGUCCAAAUAAAAUUUAG